CAUUUGUAUUUGAAAAAAGGGUUUAGAUAAUAGACAAUGUAGAAAUUACUGUUAAAAUUUUUAGGGAGGAAGCCAUGUGAUGGAUAUUGGCUUUUAUUUUUAAAUUUACUGGUCGAAUUUGAACAAGUAAAAUUUGGAAUUGCAGAGUCAGAGGGGUUCUCUAAUAACCAAUAAAGAAAAUGCACUUUGUAGGUAUGUCCAUGCAGAUUUCCUCCGGGUAGUCCAGUUUUUGCCACCUCUGAAAACUUGCUAACUCUAAUCCGGAGGUGCACUGAACAGGACCUACCCCCCAUAUGACCAUGAUCCCAAAAAGCAAGACUCAAGGUACUGGAAUUCAGACAGAAACUGAGAGAAUGCAUGCUCUUAGGACUAAAGUAGAGGGAUCUUUAGAUGAUUUGAUGAAGACCCGGCAACAUCUUGAGAAAUUAGUGCCAUUAGAGGGCAACAGUGAGCUGAGCAGUUUCUUGUUAUUGGGUCCUGCUGACCUGCGCACUGAGCUCCAGAGACACAAAGAGCUGACAUCUAAAAUCCAGCGUGGUAUAAAAAGUCAAAUGCACAACGGCUUCCAGCAAGGCACCACGCAGACCGGCAGCUCUUAUGAGUUCCUGAAGAAAAUCUUAAGCGACUGAGAAGUCCAAGCUAAACAACAGCUGACGGUCACAUAAACCAUUCCCCUAUUUCUGCACGCGGCGGAUCACGUGACUGUCGCCUUAUCACCCCGACGGGCAGCGUGAAGGACGAACGCACGACAUGGCCCAUUAGCAAAACUAGUGUUUUCUUAUACGUGUUGCUUUCUUAUUGCUUGUGGUUUUAGAGCACCUGUCCUCGCGGUCUUCAGCUCUCCGGCUAAAUAUACACCCCCGUCCUGAUCUGUCCUUCUGGGAUCACCCAUUUGUCCGGUGAUUCAUGACAAUAGAGCUUUAGCUGUGCUUAUCAGUCACGCUUUUCAGAUCAUGUGCAUCAAAUGCGAAUAAAAAAGAGAAUCUAGA